CCCAGUUCAGCGGAUUGGGGAUUAUUAUUCCUACCACCGAACAUCGACUGUAUUAUUGCUUGCAGAAAGUUUUGCACCCUUAGACCUGUUACUUUUUUCCCCUUCUUUCGGUUGGUGCUGUCUUCCGAAUAAUCAUGACAUCCAUCGGCACUGGCUAUGACCUUUCUAACUCUGUCUUUUCUCCUGAUGGCCGAAAUUUUCAGGUAGAAUACGCAGCCAAGGCAGUUGAAAACGGAGGAACCGCCAUUGGGAUUAGGUGCAAGGAUGGUGUUAUUCUGGCUACCGAGAAAAUUAUUACCAGCAAGCUUCUAAAACCAGGCGCAAAUAAGAAGAUAGCGACGGUUGAUCGCCACGUUGGCAUCGCAUCAGCUGGGCUUAUUCCUGAUGGCCGCCAUUUUGUCUCUCGGGCUAGGGACGAAGCAGCUUCGUGGCGGAACGUCUACAAGGGACCAAUACCAGGUUCAGCUCUUGCUAGUCGCCUAGGCGGCUAUGUACAGGCUUACACCCUAUAUUCCAGCGUCAGGCCAUUUGGAGUAACUGCUAUCGUCGGAGGAUGGGAUUCUGAAGCCGAGCUCCCCGUUGAUGGCCAGGUUGGAAGCGGACCGAAGUCUGGUUCUGGGGGCAAGGUCGAAGGUGCUAAAGCUGGGGGACCUUUCUUAUACAUGAUUGAACCUAGCGGGCUCUACUGGGGUUACUACGGUGCCGCUACGGGGAAGGGCAGACAGGCCGCGAAAGCCGAACUCGAAAAGCUGGAGUUAAGCUCUGGCAAUCUCAGUCUACUUGACGGCGUUAAGGAGGCAGCUCGCAUUAUUUACAUUGCACAUGAGGACAGCAAGGAUAAGGAGUUUGAGCUUGAAAUGACAUGGAUCAGUUCACUAAGUGGGCCCACGAAAGGAAGGCAUGAAGAAGUUCCACGGGAGCUUCUUGAGGAAGCAGAGAAAGCCGCAAAGAAGGCUUUGGAAGGAGAAGAUGAGGAGGAAGAUGAGGGAGCAAAGACUGAGCGAAUGGAGGAAUAGUUUCAUAGUGAGUUACAAUUGUCUCUCCCAGGGAGUCAGAUUAUCUUCGCCCAUCUGGAAACAUG